AAGUCCAUUUAUGGACUUCAGGUGCUCCGCUUUUCAAGGCUGUGAUAGCCGGACCGGUUAACAGUGUAGUGUCGGAGAAAGUUGUUGACGGUUGAAAUUAGUGUGUGUGUUGUGAGUAGUGUCAUUGUCAUAAUCAUAAUAGAAUGGAAAAACGAACAGUAGUUGGUGUCAUGGGGGUUAUUACCGCCAUUUUCCUCGCGAUUAUUGGGCUUGUGGUCUAUCCGGGCGUAAAUGGUGAACCCAAAGAGCUUCAAUUGUUACAUGUGAUUUUGCGACACGGGGCAAGGACGCCGGCUGAUACAUAUCCUAACGAUCCUUACAUCAAUGAGACUUUGUUCCCAGUGGGGUGGGGGCAACUGACCAACCAUGGAAAGCUGGACAUGUACAACCUUGGUAAAUUCCUCCGCCAGCGCUACGACAAAUUCCUGGGCCCUCACUACUCCCCGGACGAGUACUACACCCAAUCCACAGACGUAGAUCGUACCAAAACCAGCCUCCAAGCAAUCAACGCCGGCUUAUGGCCGCCCGAAACCGACCAAAAAUGGGGCCCGCUAGCCUGGCAACCAAUCCCAGUGCAUUCCGAACCCCUAUCACAAGACCACUUACUACUAGUACGAAAACCAUGCGCCCAGUACCACCUCGAACUCGAACGCGUCAUGAAAACACCCGAAAUCCAAACCAAACUAAAACAACACGAAGACUUAUUCCGAGAAAUAAGCGACGUCACUGGUAAAACAGUGACGAAUUUUGACGACGUCCAAGAUGUCUACAGCACCCUCAGAGCUGAAGAAGGCUACGAUUUAGUACUGCCUGAGUUCAUCAAACCGUACUACCCCGAAAAGAUGGUUCCGCCUACUAUUUUCAGCUUCGUAUUGAACGCUUACAGCGACAAACUUAAGCGGCUUAAGGGUGGAGUUUUGCUCAAGAAGCUCAUCUCUGAUUGGAGGAGCAAAGCCGACGGGACGAUUAAGCCGCCUCAACGCAAAGCGUUCUUGUACGGGGGCCACGACUCCACUAUAGUUAAUAUUUUACGGACACUCGACGUGUGGGACCCGCAGUUGCCCGACUAUGGAAUAACGAUUUUACUGGAGUUUUCUACAGAUAAAGCCACUAAUACACACGGCUUGGAAAUUUUUCUGCGCAACUCCACCACUAGGGAACCUUAUAGAUUAACAGUACCAGGCUGUGACGAAUUUUGCCCACUAGAUAAUUUAGUUAAAUUGACCGCGAAUGUUGUACCUGACGACUGGGAAGCGGAGUGUAGGUCGGAUGAUCCAGACUUCGUGCCGCCCCCACCGGGCGGGCCAUGAACUUUUAAACAAUUUUUAAGAAUUUAUUUUAUUAAAAAAAAAUAAUAAAUAAAAUAAUUAUCACAUUAACAA